AUAUCACUCCUGAAGAUAUUUUAACCACAAAUCUCAAUGUCCUUAUCCGAGACCGAAUCAGUCAGCCAAGUCUCUGUUCGAACCAGAAUAUUAGGGAUUGUGUCCUGCACCCAGGUAUGAGGAAGGUCCAACUGAGAUACAAACAAAGACACAGCCAGGAGUACACUCAGAGUAGCUUUUUUGUACCUCUUAUCAGGGUGUUUGACAGUUUGUUGAUAAUUGUGAGACCUCUGUUGUUUUGGAACAAGACUCUGUACACUGUUUCAGACUAGAAGGACAGACAAAGAGACAUCGACAUAGACAGAAAGAAAAGAGAGAGACACACAAAGCAAUAAACACACAGCCAUGGGAGUUGAGGAGCAGAGGGCUGGGGAGUUUUACGUGGAGAGGGAUGUUAUGAACGAGCUUUGUUUGGACAAGUUGGCCAGAAGACGGACUCACUCCACCAGACCUCUCCUGAAGGAACGGGUGAAAGAUUCCCUCAGGUGUUCAGUGCCCAAGCUGAAGCGUUCUGUGCUGAGCUUUAUACCUAUCCUGUCAUGGCUACCUCGUUACUCAGUGAGACAAGACGCACUGGGAGACCUCAUAUCUGGCAUAAGCGUUGGCGUCAUGCACCUGCCUAUGGGUUUGGCCUAUGCUCUGCUGGCCUCUGUGCCCCCAGUGUUUGGCCUCUACACUUCCUUCUACCCUGUACUCAUGUACUGCAUCUUUGGCACCUCCAGACACAUCUCCAUAGGCACAUUUGCUGUGACCAGCAUCAUGAUAGGCACCACGACAGAGAGGCUGGCCCCAAACAGUAACUUCAUGACUCUAAAUGGAACCAAUGGGACUCAUGUUCUAGAUGUAGUAGCCCGCGAUGCCAUCAGAGUACAGAUAGCAGCCAGCACCACUUUUCUGAGUGGGAUCUUUCUGUUUCUGCUGGGCAUGAUUCGGUUUGGUUUUGUGGUGACGUUCCUGUCAGAUCCCCUGGUACGUGGUUACAUGACAGGAGCAGGUAUACAGGUGGUACUUUCCCAAUUCCCAAGCCUCUUUGGGAUCAGCGUUGGACGCUUCUCCGGACCGCUGUCUCAGGUCUAUCUCCUAAUAGAUAUCUGUAGACAUCUGCCAGAGACUAACAUUGCGGCCGUGGUGGUAACUCUAGUGGCCUUGGCGGUCCUCAUAGUGGUCAAAGAACUCAACAUUUACUAUGAGAAGAAAAUGCCUGUGCCCGUUCCAAUAGAACUCAUAACGAUCAUAGUAGCAACACUUAUCUCUUACUACUGCAAUCUGCACAGCCUAUACAAAGUGGCCGUCAUCGGACAGAUCCCCAAAGGACUAAAGCCUCCCAGGUCACCUGACGUUAGUCUGUGGGGUUCUAUAGUUGGUGACGCAUUCGCAGUUGGCAUAGUGGGAUAUGCCGUUAACAUCUCCUUGGGCAAAAUCUUUGGCCAAAAACACGGCUACAAUGUGGACAGCAACCAGGAGAUGGUGGCUGUUGGUCUCUGUAACAUAGUGGGAGGAUUCUUUCAAUGCCACGUUGUUGCCGCUUCUCCGCCCCGUACCCUCCUCCAGGAUAGCACUGGGGGCAAGACACAGGUUGUGGGGAUGAUUUCUUCAGUACUUGUGCUGAUCUUCAUCCUGCAACUGGGGUCACUAUUUGAGGAGCUACCCAAGGCUGUCCUGGCCUGUAUAGUGCUUGUGAACCUGAGAGGCCUUUUUAUGCAGUUUAAAGACAUUCCUGAACUCUGGAAGAGCAAUAAGUUUGACCUGCUGGUGUGGUUGGUAACGCUGGUGUGUACUAUCUUACUGAACCUGGACAUCGGCCUAGGUGCAUCCAUCGGCUUCUCUAUGCUCACUGUCAUCUUCAGAACACAACUGCCGAGGUACUCUAUCCUGGGGCAUGUUCCUGGGACUGAGCUCUACCUGGAUACAGACACAUAUGAGGAGGCUAAAGAGAUACCAGGUAUCACCAUCUUCCGUUCCUCCACCACAAUGUACUAUACCAACGCUCAGCUAUACCUGGACGCACUGCAGGAGAAGAGUGGAAUUGACAUUGGAAUGCUGCUGAUGAAAAAGAAGAAAAGAGACACUGAAGAAAAGAGGAAAGACAAGAAAGAAAAAAACAAAGCCAAAAAGGAGGCAAAAAAGAAUGGUGUGAAUGGAUGCCUACCCAACAAUACAGUCCAUCCAGAUGACAAGUGGGAUGAAGAGAAAGGUUCCCCAGAGCUGAAAUUGAACCAGACAGCCAUUGCCCUAGUUGACCGACCCAUCAACGGACAGGUGAACUGGGCCUUUGAGCAGCAAGGUACUGGGUUCGACCGGGGCCCCGAGACUGGUAUUCAUGGCGAUGAUCACAUGACCCAGAUGUCCAGUACUGGAAGAGAAGGAGAGGUGGGGAGGAGCUCCUUCAACGACACACACACCAUCAUCCUGGACCUAUCCACAACCAACUUUGCUGACACAGCCACUGUGAAGACGCUGAAAAACAUAUUCCUAAACUACAGAAAGAUUGACAUUGACAUUUAUUUAACUGGAUGCCAAGUCUGUGUGGUGGAGCAGUUAUCGAGUGCAGACUUCUUCUCUGAGUCCAUCCCUAAAAGCUGUUUGUUCAGUACGAUCCACGACGCGGUGCUACACAGCCUCCGACUGCAUGGGGCCUCAGACGUACCCAUCAUCUACGAGUAUGCUCUGGACUUGGCCUGCACUACCAAGAUGUAACCAACAGGAGUCAUAUUGUUCCUCUUCCACUCCACUUACCUCCUUCCAUCACUCCGCUGCCUAGCUUCCCAUUGGUUCCCCUCACCUCUUCCCCCUCUGUGAAAGAGAAUGCACCACCACCGUGUGUGUGUUUUUUUUAAUUUUUAGGUUGGACCAAGGCAGUUCCCCCGUCACGUUAUGUUUAAUAACUGAACCCAAAAUAACUCCCCAAAAUAUUUGUCAGAGACUUGAGAUGUGUAGUCUAGUCAGCAGUUCUAUUCACCUCCCCAUCAUCCUAUUUAAUCCAUUCCUCCUGGGGCCAGUGUAACCCAAACAGUAGUAUAUCCUGUACCAGUCAAACGUUUGGAUACACCUACUCAUUCAAGGGUUUCUCUUAAUUUUUCAAAUUUUCUACAUUGUAGAAUAAUAGUGAAGACAUCAAAACUAUGGAAUCAUGUAGUAACCAAAAAAGUGUAUUUUACAUUUGAAUUUCUUCAAAGUAGCCACCCAUUGCCUUGAUGGCACACUCUUGGCAUUCUCUCAGCCAGAAUGUUGAGGUAGUCACCUGGAAUGCAUUACAAUUAGCAGUUGUACUUUGUGUAAGUUUUUAUUCUUCAUACAUUUGAGCCAAUCAGUUGUUUUAAAAAAGAAAAGAAAAACCUUUGAAUGUUUUUUUUGUAGGUGUCCAAACUUUAGACUGGUACUAUAUACAUAAAUAUAACACUCUUGCCUUUCAUGAACUAACACACACACUUGCCUUUUCCCCUUUUAGCACUGACUUUGCUGAUAGCUACUUUAUUGAGGAAAAAUGUACUUACUAUGACUGAGCUGUGUGGUUGUCCCACCUAGCUAUCUUAAGAUGAAUGCACUAACUGUAAGUUGCUCUGUAUAAGUGUCUGCUAAAUUAUAAUUGCUUUAAUAACAUUAGCUCUAGCUAACUCCUGUCUCUCAUAAGCUGGGGUUAUACGGUUUCAAUGUAAAGGGAAAAACAUACAAUGUGUAAUUUCUUACGCCUCACUGCUGAUGUAAUCAUAAUGAUGUUGAAAAGUAUGUAAAUCACCCUAAGACAGAAACAUGGUAGUUCAAUAUCCACUGAAUGUAUAGCAGCUUUUCACUCUGUUAUCCAAAAGUGUUUGUGUCAUAUCACUGACAACUUUAGCAUUUUAGCUAAUUAGCAACUUUGCAACAACAUAGCAUCCUUCCACAACCCCUAGCUAACGUUAGCCAAAACAAAUUGGAAUUCAUAACAUAUCAUAAUAAAUGACGGGAGACAGACUUACAUUUUCUACCACUGAGUCCAGGUUGGCAUCAUGUAGCCUUGAGCCACAUCUAUACAUCAUCAUGUAUUUCAGGGUCAAGUCAAUUCCAAAGGGAGUAUAGUUCUCCCCUAGUUUGAACACUAUUAUAGAGCUAAUCUCUUUGUAUUUUUCUAAAGAGGAUGUGAAUAAUUCAAUGUGCAUUUUGAACAUUUAACUAAAUUGUUAAUUUCCUGAUUUCCUCAUCUACUUUGAAUAUGAUUUGUAAUUUUCUAGCAUUGAUCAAACACACAGUCCAAUAUCUUAAAGUAAAUCGUUAUUGUUUCUGAGCACAUGUCUAAAUAAACACCAGUAAAGUGAGCA